UUUAUUUCUCUCUGCUUGCAAGUAGUUGCAGACGGGGUUUUGUUUUAUUUGUUUGCUUAUUUUUCUGAAAAUAUACAUUUUAAUUGAAGUUACACAAAUUCAAACAAAGGUUAUCUUGUUUUAAGCCUUUUUAGCCACUCCUUUUACCAAACAACCCAGUGUGUUUAAAUAUUAUGUCAAUAUUCUAAACAAAUCUAGUCAAGGACAAAGUGCAAUUUAGCCGCUUAUCAUAAUUUUUUUUCUUGUUGAUUUAUUUUGUAUCUUUCCGAUAAAUCGAUCCAUAAUGCCGACAGAAUUUUCAAUGGACGACGUAAAUGAUUACUUUACCAAAUUAAAUCCCAUUGCUAUGAAAAUAUCCUUUGACAUUGAUGAAACGAAAUCAGCUUACGAACACAUUUGGGCCAAGUUAAAUACCAGCGAACACAAUGAAAUAAUCAAUGAGACUUUAAUGAAACCCGAAAUAUCUCUAAGGUAUUUUGAUAACUUUUCCAUUACAACAACUGCAUCUUCUUUGUCCCUUUCAUCGAUGGUUACUCCAAGUCAAAAUGAAGAGCCAACUAAACGACCUUCGAGUCAGCCUUGUCAUAAUCAUAGUUUAGAUACACGACGUUUUUACGAUUUCGAUGGUCGAAAUCUAUCGACAUAUUCCGACCAGAAAGUCGGACUUAAACUUGUCCAUGAUGACACUCUGGGAACAUUUCGGGAUGGUCAUUCGAUGCCAUUCAGUUACAAGACCAAAUCUCAGAUCAAUUUGAAGUUGUUUUUGGAUGAAGGGUCUUGUCUGAUGCGUUCUUCCCAAAUUAAACCUUCUGGCAUUUCAGAGGUUCUCCAAAAGCCAUUGCCAAGUAAAUCUGAUGAACCUAAAUCAUUGCCACCCGUGGACAAUGAAGUUCUGCAAAUCUCUGCUGAGGCAUUGAAGAAACUCCAAACAGAACUAACAACAAAUCUGUUGAAUCGAAACAAAAGCGAAAAUGCCUCCGCCGCUGAAAACACCUCCAACAUUGUCCAAGGCUUGAAAUCCUUUGACAAUAUUGACGCGAAAUACCAACGCUUCUAUGAUGACACAAAAGAUGGUGGAGUUGGUAAUCAAUCGACGACACCAAAUCACACGGAAUUGAAUCUUCGUAAAUUGAUUUCAAAGAAUGGCAAAUCAAUUGCAACUAAAUUUCAUCAUUCCAAAUAUGGUUAUAAUGAUACCACAGACGAUGAUGAUGAAUUUGAGAGGGUUAAUCUAAUGAUGAACUGUUGCAGUCUUUCUGCUGGCGGGAUGACAACUUCCUCAUCUUCGGCACCAUCCGAAGAUGACGAGAAGACACUCUGUGAGGACUUGAAAGGCUUACUAGAGAAUGAUGGUCUGCGAAAGGGAUUUGAUUUUUUAAACAAUUGGUAAAAUAAACCAUUGUUUUCUUUCUUUCGUUUCUCAAAUAGAAAACAUAGUAUUAGAAAUUAGUUUAUAAAAAAAUCUUUUGUAAUUUUAUAUAUAUUUUAAAUUAAGGAUAAAUAGGAGGUAAACCUCAAUUGCGAACUUUAAUAAAACAAAAAUAUUGUCGUAGAUAUAUUAUUAUAUACAAAAAAUUAACAUUUAAACUAACCAUGACAUUUAAUUUGAAGUGAUUUUAUUUACAUUUUACACCUUAUUAUAAUAUCUACAACCUAAACAUACAUAUUUGAAUGCAUUUAAUUAUAAGUAAUUUUUUUUUUUUCUAACAAAAUGGGCAGUGCAAUUACUGAUUUGUACUGUAAAU